AUGCGCAGACCUCCAGAUAAAGAUGGCAAUGCCAUCCCCUCCGACCGAGACGUCGUAUCGUCGAAUGCAACUCUGGCCGUAUUUGGGGCUGCUCGACGCAAGUCUUGGAUGACGGGAGCAUCAACGCCAGUGCGCCCGACCCCUCGCACAAAUCCAUCUAAGGCUGCGGUGCCGCAGGUCUCUUUUGCACAGAAGUCGUCUGAAGCCGUCUUACCUUCGCCAGCCCCGAGCGAUGAACCAAGUCCUAUUCUUGCCAACUCCAGUGUCUUUAACAGCAGAUCGCAUAUCGAGAAUCAACAGCAAGCACAUGUCGACGAGAACCAAUUUCCUUCUGCCUCAACCACUCUCCAUUCCUCUGAUGAUGAGCGUCGUCCCACAAACGAGGCAAAUAUUGAAACCAAUGCACCGCAUACGGCACAGCUUCAAGCUGCACUUUCAGGACACGCGCAGAUUCGAACUUGCGAGAAAAUAACAACCUCCCCGGGUCAUUCAUUAGAUCGGGAGCGGUUUGCUACUGACCCGCAACGACAGACACAUCCACUCGUGGCUUCGCCGGCCAUGGCCCAGCCACCCCGAGAGAAUGUUCCAGCAUCAGUACCUGCGCGAGACCGUUCGCAGAUUGGAUCAGGCCAGCUUCCAAGUCCAAAUCAAAGCAGUGUUUCUUCUCCACGGACUGCCUCCAACAUCAUGCCUCCCACCAUGAUGCAACAAGCUCAAUCGUACCCCAGCCCAGGCUCAGCAGCUACUGUAACCUCGAAUCCCAACAAACGCCAGCGAACACAGCCUCCUGUCAUGCCAUCAUUGAAGCCAAGGGUGGCCUUGAUACAUGAUCAGAUUACAGCUGUAGGUGGAUUGGAUCAUCUGAACAGUACCCUCGAAAGGCCGAGAUUCCAGCUUCUUGAAGAUGCCUGCCGUAGUGAAGAUUCUUUUUACGUUGCUUUGCACCAGAUAUUUUGUAUAUGGGAUCUUCCUGAUCCUACACAAGUUACUAGCAUCCGAGAUUUUCCAAAUACGUCAACGCUGCUGCUCGCAUUCAAGAUAGUAGGCCAGCUAAUCCGCGAUAAUGGGGGACUGGCACCCCAUCACAAGAAAUGGUUCGCCACGUUCCCAACCCCGUUACCAGAUCUGAUGAGAAGUUCGGAGCCCUAUCGUAGAACUGUCGGGAAUGUUGGUGUGUUUUUGGGAAGACUAGCCUCGGAUUGGGCGCUGCUAUCCAGCGAGUGUGCAACUAGGUCGUAUCCCCCACUUGUCGAUGAACUCGUAAAUCGUUUAGGAUUGCUAUCUCCAAUAUUGCAAGGAGUGGUUUUUACAGCCGCUCGACGCAAUUUAGGAGUUACCGAUGAUCCGAUAGGACGGAGGAUGGAAGAUCUUUUCAAAAAAGAUAGACAGGAUCACCAAAACCUUGCCGCCCGUUACAACACUGCGCGACCACCAACAGAGAAAGAGAUACACGAGCGAAACCAUAAACUUGCGAACGAAUAUGUUCUACUCUCCAAGCAGCACAUGCGGUCGCGACGUUCUUUGGGAUCAGCCGUGUCGAGUCCAACAACGCGUCUCCCUACACCUGUACUUCCGAGUAGUGGUUACUUUCAACCUCCUGCUGGGGCCACAGCAAGUGUAGCGGCUGGCACACAGGCUGAAAUUAAUCUUGGUCCGAGACAAACUUCGAGUCCAAAUAUUAUUGGUGCUUGGCAAUCUGCUAACCAGCCUCAACAUAGAGUUGGAAGCACAUCAUCUCCCAAUAUUGCAGCACUUACAAUAGCUGGACGCUCGCCGAAUUUGAAUGACCAUCGUAUACCAGCUGGUACGCCAAGUCCGACUUUCUUUCAAGACCCCACCACGCAGUCACCUAUACCUGUACAGCAGGGUUUCAACCCAGCAUUGAGGAGCAAUGCCACUAGUAGCCAAUAUAAUCAUAACCUAGCGGGAUAUGGACCAAGCACUACAAAUGGAGCGGUCUACCAGACCCCAUACCAGGCUCAACAUCAGGCACAAUAUCAAAGUGCGAAUCCGAGUACGCAGCAACCGCCUGUCUCAACACAACAAUUUCAUCUGGCCCAGCGGCAGCAGCAAAUGCAAUUAUCUACGCAACUACCCCCCUGGCAAGUACAAACCCCUCAGCAGCGACAACAGCUACAACAGCAGGCUGUAAUGCUUCAGCAGCAUCAACAACAAGCCGUUAUGCAGCAGUCGCAUUCAAACCAACAGAUGCAGCAUGCUCUAAACCUGAAUCGUGCAGCACAGAUUCGGAGCGGCAGCGGUUCUGGCAUCAGCCCUCGUCAAAGAGCACAUUCUAGAAACAACAGCAUAUCUAGUAAUGGUAGACAAACCCCAGGUAUAAAUACUUCCAGUGUCCCGUCUCCUCUCUCAAUUGCAGAACCGGCCCUAAACGCGACGCAUGUUAAGCAAUUGCAUCUACUUAAUCGACCAUUCAUUCCUACGCUCGACAUGGUACCAGUUCCGCAGCCGGUAAACCCAGAUGUGACCGCUUUACACCAAGCACACCUUCGCAGCCCAAAACUGGUCGUUUCCGAUGUGUUCCCAGAUUCGCAGAAUGAUAAGUCCCAAAGAUACUAUCAGACUAUGAAAGGCUUCGCAUUUGGACCGGUAAAGAUACAAAAAGACAUCGCAUUGAUGGAAUUCUACUUUACCGUCCGUGCUGAUGACCUGGCGUUGAUUCCUAGAGACCGACCGGCUGGUGCCGGGAAAGUUUCAACGCGAGAGCUGACAAGUGGAGCUCUACAAUACCGAUUCAGGUGCAUUCAGACAAAGCCUGAAGUAACGGCAUGUUUGCCCCCAGAUUGGGUAGUGAGUGAUACAGUAUGGCCCGACAGCAUAUUUGCGCUCUUCAAUUCCGAGCAUCUAGAAAUAAGGCGCAAACUUCUUCAUGGAAAAGAUCUGCCUAUCGAUCUUACCCAAUCCGUUCUUGCUGCUGGAGCAAACUUUACGAAUAAAAUCAAAAUUUCAUUGCCAAAGUCACGUCAAAGAGCGCUGAAAGAUCAGGGAUAUUUCAUCGCUGUUGAAGUCAUCGAGACCAUUAGGCAUCAAGAGAUCAUGGAAAUGUGCCUCCAGCAUCAGCGCAUAUCCGCAAACUACACCCUGGAAGCUAUAAAGAAGAGCCUUGCACCAAUAGGCGAUGAAGAUGACGAUUUCGCCAUAGUGGCAAGCGAUCUGACCCUCAGUCUUGCCGACCCUUUCACGGCUCGCAUUUUCGAUAUUCCAGUCCGUGGCAACAAAUGUCUUCAUCGCGAAUGCUUCGAUUUAGAGACCUUCCUCCUUACGCGAAACAGCAAGCCUAAGAGGCCGCAGCAACCUUGUAUGGUGGAUGUCUGGAAAUGCCCAUUAUGUGGUACAGAUGCACGACCCUACAGUUUGCGGGUGGACAAUUUUCUCGUCUCAGUGAGACAAGAGCUAGCGAAGCAGGAUAAUCUGGACGUCAAAGCAAUCCUGAUCUCUCCCGAUGGAACAUGGCGCGCAAAACUCGAACCGAAAGUUCUGAAGCGGAAAGCACCUUACGACGAUGAUUCUUCAGACGACGAACAGCCUCGACAGCGAUCGGCUAGAGAAACGAGCAAGAAGAAAGCGGCGGAAGUCAUUGAAUUGGACGAUGAUUGA